UCUCUCCCUCUCUCUCUCCCCAAUUAUUUAAUAUUUCAGUCAACAUAUCAACUUGCUAAACAAAAACCAGCGUGGUUUUUCAGUUUCAGCUGAGGAGCUCUUAAAACGCGCCUCUCUCCACCCCCUAAAGCUUGUGUCUUUUUUAGGCAAUGACCCAAUGUUGCAUUUUAUCUUAAGCCUCUAGCUAGUGGGGGGGUUAAGACUUUAAAUAAGUUCUUCGAAGGUGGGCUUUUUUUCUAUAUGGAUUUUGGGGUGGUGGGUUUUGAUGGGUUGGGGGGUGCAGCAGCAGGAACUGGUUUUGCUUCUCUUGCUAGUUCGUCAUCAGAUCAGGAGACCAAGCACAAAUGGUACGGAUCUGGGUUCCACAAGCAGGGGAGAUCUGCAGGCACUGUUGAAGAAGAUUGGAGAAGCUCAAAACUGCCCAAGACUGAUGAUUUUCUUUCAGCUUCCAAGACAAUGCCUAACAACAGCACUCAUUUCUCUGAUGGGCAGCAAUUGCUGAGCUUCUCUAAUUCUCCCAAUUCGGAAGCUGUUUUGGUUGACAAGAGCACUCAGAAUGCCUCAUUGCCUUACUUUCACCAACCAUUAUCUGCUUACAACAGAAGUACAGGCCACAAUACUGGGAGCUUCAAUGGUGCUGCCAUGCACUGGGAUAUAGCAGGGGUCAGAGGGCCAUUCACUCCAUCUCAAUGGAUGGAGUUAGAACACCAGGCCUUGAUCUACAAAUACAUUACUGCAAAUGUGCCUAUACCAUCUAAUCUGCUCAUCCCAAUAAAGAAGGCCCUUGAUUCUGCCUUUCCAAAUGGACUUCCGAGGCCCAAUACAUUGGGAUGGGGUUCUAUCCAUUUGGGAUUCUCCAACAACACUGAUCCUGAGCCAGGAAGGUGUCGUAGGACUGAUGGGAAGAAAUGGCGGUGCUGGAGAGAUGCCGUUCCUGACCAAAAAUAUUGUGAGCGGCACAUGAACAGAGGCCGCCACCGUUCAAGAAAGCCUGUGGAACCCGUCGCUGGAACCACCGCCGCCGCCACCACCACCACCACCACCUCAAAGCAGCUUAUGUCUUCGGCUUCUUCAUCAGCAUCCUCGGUGUCCAUUCCCGCUGGCGGUGGUUCAAGCAGCCUCAGCAUUGCCAACCAACAGCUCAAGAGCUUGCAGCCUGCUGCAUCUAAUUCUUCUGCAGCCACUCAGAUGAACAGGAUGUUCAUGAACAAAGAGAAUGUGGGUGAAAGAAUGCAUCAAACACCAGGCCCCUCCAUGUUGUCUAAAGAGAACCCAUUCUUCAUCCAGAAACAGCAAAUGGGAUAUGAAGAAUCCUCAAGAACAGAGUUUGGGCUUGUCCCCUCUGACUCCCUCCUCAACCCAUCACAGAAAGGGUCUUCUCUAAUGAGCUGCAGAAACUAUGGUUCUUCAUCACAGAACCUGACUGACCCUGCAGAAACCAACUCACAACAGCAUUCCCUUCGCCACUUCAUCGACGAUUGGCCUAAAAACCAAUCCAAUCGCCCAGCUAUUUCUUGGCCUGACCAAUUUGACAUGCAAUCAGACAGAACCCAGUUGUCAAUUUCAAUCCCCAUUGCUUCCUCAGACUUCAUACCAUCCACUUCCUCUACAAACAAUGAGAAGCUCACUCUGUCCCCUCUCCGGCUUUCACGGGAACUAAACCCCAAGCCAAUGGGUUUGGGAGUAGGCAGUGCCCUCAAUGCACAAAACAAUAAGCAAGCAAAUUGGAUCCCAAUCAGUUGGGAGACUUCACUUGGUGGCCCUUUGGGGGAGGUUUUGCACCAUACCAAUAACAACACUGCAGCAGAAUGCAAGAACUCUUCAGUGCUUAAUCUUAUGACAGAGGGAUGGGACAAGAACAGCCCUUCUUCAUUAGGGUCAUCUCCUACUGGGGUCUUACAGAAGACAGCAUUCGGGUCUCUCUCAAAUAGCAGUGCAGGGAGUAGCCCAAGAGCAGAGAAUAAUAACCUCCUUGGUUCCAGUAUCUUGGACUCUUCCUCCUUGCCUGCCUUGUAAUCAUUUCACAAACUAUGAGGCCAUUAGGUGAAGGAACAAGAUUCGGUUUUUAUCUUUAGUACCAAGCAUAAUUAUUCACAGUUAAUUUGGAACCUUUUUUUAAAAUAUCUAGUCUUGUUUACUUAUUUUCUUCAAUUUCAGUAUGUGUUCCUAUUGUGGUUGUUGGUUCCCUCAAUUAUACUUGUGAAAGGGUAAGGUGCCUUCAGUCAAUUCAUAAUUUGGGCUGCCAAAGUUUAGUUCUAGCCUAAUCAUGGGCUUAGCCUCACCAAAUUGAUAGGUGGGCCAUGAUUGGCCCAAAACUCAAGUAGACAAUGACCAGAGGCUGGCAGGUGAUAUUGAUUUGUAAUUGCCUCAUGUUCCUUUUAUAACAAUUGAAAAAUUCCAUCUGAACUAUUAGGAUGUACAAUUUGCUGGCCAGAGUUAAACUUGUUGGAAAUGGGAGGAUCAUUAACAGUAAUAAUGGAGAAAGUGUGACAGGAGGCUUGUCCAACUAUAUAUUAAGCUUCAGAUGUGAAA